GGUAUCAUUCUUGGUCCUUCAAUCAUGGGACGUAUACCACACUUCACAAACACAAUCUUCCCCAAGGAGAGCAUGGCUUGCUUCACACUAGCUGCCCAUAUCGGUUUCAUUUUGCCUAUUCUUGUCGGAUUCAAACUCGAUCUGCACUUCUCAGUCCGCAACUGGCGGACAGCUAUUAGCGUUGCUUCUCUCGAUAUGGCCAUCCUAUUCGGUUUGGGCUACGCGCUCGCGUAUGGUCUCUACAAUCAGUUCCACAAUGAACCGAACAUCGUCAACAUCAAUUUAGCUACCUUCGGCCUGUUCGUCGCAAUUGCCAUCGCCAUCUUUGCGUUCCCUGUCUCGUGCCGGAUUUUGGCGUCCCUGAACCUGCUGAACUCCGACGUUGGCGUUAUAACGCUGAUCUCCAAUAUUGUCAACGAUGUUAUUGGUUGGGUGCUGCUUGCCCUUUGCGUUACCCUUAUGAACUCCGGCAACGGCGUCACG